AUGGCGCUCAUAGCGGAGCUGCUGCUGCUGGUCGCCCUUCUGCUCCUCUCCAACCCGCUGGUGCUGGCGCGAGUGGUGCUGGCGACCGACAACCAGAUGCAAUCCAUCAACACGACCCCUGGAGAGAGUCGGCCGCUCUAUCCCGUGGUGCUGCUGAAGGAGCCAAGAGGCCCCGACUUCCUCACAGCUCAGCUCGACUCGAAGCUGGCAUCGGUCAAAGCAGAGAUCAUCGGCGAGUUCGCAACCCAGCUCAAGGGUCCCCUUGGCGCGGUGGUCGGACAGCAGCAACAACGGAACGCGCAGUUCACGGGUCAGAGUCAGUCACUACAGGCCACAUCGUCGAAGCUCGAGGCCGAACAAACAGAACUACGUGCUCAAAUUGCAGAAAUGCGACAGCGGCUAUACAUGCAGGGGGCACAGAUCCCCAUCAAGGAUUACGAGAAUCUCAUCGAAUGGGACCGACCAGCAGACACCAGCAUCAUCGUGGGCGCGGCCGCGGAGAACUUCACGCUCGACGAAUUCAAGGCCAGCAUCCAGCCCAUCAUCGACAGAUGCGAGUUCGGCGACGGCGAGCGGGAGGCAGUGGGCAAGAGUCCAGCGCGUCGAUUCCUCAUCCAGUUCAGUGGCGACACGAAUGCCUCUGCUCGGCGUGUCCGCACUUUCUACAGCAAGCUCAAGGGCGCUGGCGGCGACUGGCUCAACACGAUGGUCAACGGCAUCCACGGUCAGCGCACGCGUCUCUUCCUCGGUCUCGAUCGCAGCGGCAAGACAGCGAGGCGGGAGUUCCAGACAAAGAAGCUCACCCAGAUCUGCAAGACCCAACAUGACACGAAGCGCUGGCGAGGCGACCGCCAGCAAGGGAUCAUCUAUUGCAGCAACCUGCCCAUCCUCUCCAUCUCUGUGGGUUCCACAAAGGACGAGCCGACCAAAUUGCUCUUCAACUACCAGGGCUGCCUCACGCACGGCAUCAACAGGGAGGACGUCCGCGCGAAGUUCGAAGAGGACCCGCUCAAGCGCAAGAAGAAGGUCACCCACAUGCUGAAGGUGCUCAACUCCACGUCGGUGCUGGCCAUGCAGGAGGUGCACGGCUCUGAGACGGAGCUCGCCCACGCCCUGCACCUUGGCCACAAGUCUGCGGCCAUCUUCACCUCCAUCCCUGAGCGCGGCACGGGAGGCGUGGCGAUUGUGCUUCCUGGACUCUCGCAAGAGGAGGCGGCUGAUCCUGACCGCUUCCGUCGCACCGCGCCUGUACCUGGCCGCGUACAACGUCUCCCAAUCAAGUCGGAUCUCGCUGGUGCACCCGAGGGCGCUCUGCCGUCCAUGGUGGUGAUCUACAACGUUCGCAACUUCCACCUCGCGCAGGAUCAGGUCCAGCGCACGGUGGGCACGAUUAGGGCGGAGCUCAGCGUCGCAGAGCAGCAGCCCGAGCGCAUCGCAGUCAUGAUCAUGGGCGACUUCAAUUUCAUGGAUGAGGCCCCGUUGGAGACGACGGCCCCGCUCGUCAGCAAGGGGCUACCCAGGCUACGCAACGUCUACCCUGAACAUCAGCUUCUCUGGGAGCAGGCGCUGGGCGACAUGGUCGAGGUGGACCCCGAACUCCCCGCGCACUACACUGAGCACCCCCAGCAGUGCGCGCGCAUCGACAAGAUCUAUACCUGCUCGCCGCCGUGGCUGUUGACGCAAUGGCGCGCGAAGGUCGACAUGCCCAUGGCGCCUGACAUGCUCUAUGACAAGGGCAUUUCGGAUCAUGCCCCAGUACGCCUACGCCUUUCAGCCCGAGCUCGCGAAGAUCGCGAGUCGCAGCCGAUCCCGCAGCAUAUCUUCGAGCACCCUCUUUUCAUCAAGUACUUUGACCUGCUGGUCAGCCAUGCCGACCUGGACAGCUACGCGCCCUUUGUGCGCCCCCAGGAGCUCAAGCGCCUGAUCCGCGAGGCGGCGCGCCUCACCCGCGACGACCUGACAGACAUGCAUGCACCGUGCUCGGCGGCAGCUCUCACCACUUGCAUAGCGAUCUCGAGGGCGGUCUGGCGCAAUGACUGGCAGAGCGCACGCGCACUGAAGGCGCGCACUGAGCUCGGUGACCAGUUCUUGGACAUCUCUGACCCGAACAACAUUACGCUGAUCGAGCCUGGCACGUUCCGCCGCGUCGUCGAGCAACACCAGAGGUCGCGCACUGAGGCCCUGCUGCAGGAGGAGUCCGCCGCUGACACGCCCUUCCAGCAGCGACGGCGGCUCCGCAAGAUGAGGAAGGCAAUCCAGAAGCGUGGCAGGCUCUGGGCCCCAACGGGCAAGACCCUCAAGCUCAAGGCUAUCGAGGUGAUGCACGACCACAGCACCGCGGAGACGCCUGCUGCCAUGAUCGAGGAGGUCCGUCGGCAGUGGUCCCCAGUCUUUCAGGCGAAGCCAAGCCACCUCCAGCACGUAAAGCGCUACCUCGAGAAGCACAUCGUUCCGUAUGACUGCACGGACAUGGACUCCCCCACUUUGGGGGAGAUGAAGAACCUGAUCAGCAGGCUCAACAACUCGGCGCCUGGACCUGACGGGAUCCCCUACAUGGCCUGGAAGCGGAUCCCCUCGUCGGCGCAGCUCAUGCUCGACGUCGCCAUCGAGAUCGUGCAGGGCUACCCUGUCCCGCUCACCUUCAAUGACUCGCCGAUGAUCUUCACCCCGAAGGGGUCGGAGCCUGCUGACGAGCAUUGA